AUGAGGACAUCUGGAAGGACUGAUCUGGCUAGCAAGUCGGCCAGUACGCCUCGGUCAAAUAGUUCCGUCGACGCAAGUCCCUCUCCGGCGCGUCUAGCACAGAGCGACCACUUCUGGCGUCGAGCACAGUGGGUCGUCUAUAACUCGCGUCUCUUCACAUUUCAUGCAAGCGAGAAUGGCGCAGCCACUACAGUCCACUCCGGCGCUGUCGCUGCAGUCUCUGCUCCUCUCAAAUUGUUGAUGGAGGAAGGAGGUCCCGAUAAUCACAGAACCAGCGCUACCCUGCACGGCGUGCGCGAAGAAGAUCUCCUGCGCUUCUGCGACUUCUGCUACACCUCGACUUACACGGAUCCUUACCCUAUCGCUGUCAAGCCAUCUCUUCCUGCCAUUGAGUCUGGCGCCAGGAACGGCGAUGCAAACGGCGAAGGCGCAAGCACUUCCACCGCUCUCGUCACCACCGACGACGCCUCCGUCCAGCCGCCAGCUGCUAAGCGUCCUCGCACUGAAUCGCCAGCUCAAUCUCUCACCGGCUUUGGCAGACCUGGCAUCCUCGGCACUUCCUCCCCUGCUCCUGAAGUCAACACUCCACUGAACAUGAACCUGAGCAACAAACACAAGCUGCAGAGCGUGUUUGCCAACACACCCUACACAACUAUUCCCGCUCGCGUCUUUGGCACAAACACCAGAACCAAGUCCAACGGUGUCUCAAGCAACGAGAACCACACCAACGUCUUCAUCGCCCAUGCUGCCAUGCACGCCCUCGCUAUCAACUACGACAUCGCCAAACUUAAGACUCUGUCGUUGCAGAAAUUGUGCGACAAGUUGAUGCGAUUCGACUGCAAGCCCGAGCGUGUUGGCGAUGUUCUUGCUUUGGUUCGUUGGGUAUACACCACUGAACUUGGAAUGGCCAGAGACAUGCCAGAGCUCAAGGACAUUGCGGUCAGAUAUGUUGUGUCUGAAGUCAGUGGUUUCGGCAACAGCCAAGAGUUUGGAGAGUUGUUGAAGGAGGGUGGAAACUUUGUCAAGGACUUCUGGGCUAUGGUGUACAGUAAUUUGCUUUAG